AUGGCUUCCACAUCACGGAUACCUCAUCUUCUAGAGCCAUAUCUAGCUCUUCCCUCAGAAGGUUCUCUCGGUCUCGUCACCAGUGUGCUCGGCGCCAGCUCGAACUGGCUGGUUCUGCGACAUGUGUAUUCUUACCUGCGAGGCACCGCAGAUGGAGAUGAGAGCGCCAAGGACACGGGCGUUGUGCUCGUCAGCUUCAUGAGAGACGGUGCUUUUUGGAGAGAGGGGUCUACAAAGCUGGGCCUGGAUCUAGUUGCGCUCAACAGAGCAGGACGCUUCACAUACAUAGAUGGCCUCACAGGACUCUACAGCGAUGCCAGCCCUCAAGCACCAGGCGCUCGUAAAGAAAGGUUUCUUAGAAGUACCAGUCCUGCAGACAUCAAGAAGGAAAUAGAGGGUGCUCUUGGAGAUUUGCGUGCUUCGCGCAAAGUUCUCAUCAUCGACCAACUCGAUACUCUCCUCGCAGUCACUGAUGAGUCAACCACAAGCCUCACGCUCCAAAACCUUGUUCUUGGUCUCCGCAGUCUUGUCCACAGCACAGUCCUCACCCUCUCCGCCGAUACGCCUCUCGUUGCUGCCCAAGCAACGGCGCUUGAGCGGGAACAUGCCAGUCUUGUCCUCUCAACAGCACAUGCAGCUGACGCAGUGUUGGCGUUACGUAUGUUGGAUACAGGGACGGCGAGGGACGUAAGUGGUGUGCUGCGCAUUACGGGACCUGGAGUUGAGGGCAUGGGUGGUGCUACUGAGUAUCUGUACCAUGUUGUUGCGGACGGUGGUGUUAAAGUAUUUGAAAGGGGAACAUAA